UAACAGCUGUAGCAGUCGAAGGUUACCGUUUAAUACCAGGUUCGGAUUGCACAAGAAAUAUUCUGUGAAAAUUGGAAAAAUUUUGUGGUGUUUAAAAACGCAAAGGCGAAACAAAUCAAGUGAAUAUCAGUAGAACUUUUAGAAAAGAGUAACAAAAUGUCAACGAGAACAAUUUCGCUGCUGGCGCGUACAAAUCGUUAUGUGACUGCAUGGAAGAACCGAAACGUGUUGGCGACAAGUCCAGCCUUGCGCUAUUAUUCGGAAAACUCGGCACAAAAACCGCAACAAUCGGAUUCAGACGGCUCCAGUGGGCAGUUGGAAAAUGCUGCCGCCGAGGCGACAAAGAAGCUUACACAGGAAAUUGAGGCGCUUUCAAAGGAGGUGAAUGAAUUGAAGGAAAAAAAUGAAGAAUUAGUAGACAAGUACAAACGUUCAUUGGCAGACAGCGAAAAUCUACGCACACGUCUCACCAAACAGAUAGCUGAUGCCAAAGUUUUCGGCAUACAGAGCUUUUGCAAAGAUCUGCUUGAGGUGGCCGAUACAUUGGGACAUGCCACCGAAUCAGUGCCGAAAGAUCAGAUCAACAGUAGUAAUCCACAUUUGAAAAGUCUGUACGAAGGUCUGGUGAUGACCAAAGCCUCACUGCUGCAGGUUUUCAAGCGUCAUGGUCUGGAGCCAAUCAAUCCAAUCAACGAGAAAUUUAAUCCAAAUAUGCAUGAGGCCUUAUUUGAAAAGGAUGAACCUGAUGUCGAACCCAGUACCGUCGUUGUGGUCACCAAAUUGGGUUAUAAAUUGCAUGAACGUUGUAUACGGCCUGCGCUUGUUGGUGUUUCCAAGUCAUGAGUUAUUUGCUAUGCUGACAUUACAAAUUUAAAUACUAUAUAAGAAAGCAGAUUUUCGGUAAUCUUCUCAGUUCCUGAGCUUAAUAUGGAGAAAACAAAAACAUUUUUUAGUAUAACUUGUGUGGCGCAAGGACAAAUCUAUCCCCGUUUAUUUUUGUAUGUGUGAUUAUAAAAUUGUUCUUGCGCUAAAACAAGAAUUUUCAUAACGAAUUAUAAAGGGUGUAUAAACGUUAAAUAGCAAAGCAACCAAAAGGUGACAUUUUAACCAGCUGUUACCAAGAAUGCCGUGGCUAUAGAAUUUAUACAUUUCCGCAAUUGCAAUAUUUACGUUCCUUGGUCUACUAUGUUCUCUUUCCGCAACUGAAUUUUGUGUAUUUUCUAAAAGAAAAAUGAAAUGAAAUUUAACUUAAUUUGUGAAUUGACUCCUUAGUGACUGAGCAGCGAAAUUAACAAAAAACUUAAAAUAUUUUUUAAAUUGUUGAGUUAGCCGGUGGAAUGUAGAUAGGCUGCACGCAUAUGCAUAAAAUACCAUAAAUCUAUGUAAAUGCUUGCCGUCCUUUGUAGCAGACCAAUGCGAUUUUCAUUGUAUGCGAGCGUUUGUGUGAGUGCUUUAAAAGUUUAACUUGUUUUCCUUAAAGACUAAAUGCACAGCGUUACCGAAGUAUGUAAAACAUGCUUGCUAUUGUAUUAGGAUUCUAUGUUAAUUACAAAUAAAAUUAAAAAUAUAUGUAUGUUUGUAGAAAAUAAAACUCCUUACUAAAUUUAAAA